GAUGGCAAUGGACAUAAGAAAUAUAGAAUGCAGCAUGACUCUAGACUUUCCGAGCUCUCUGAACCCUCUGAACUCCAAUUGAAGGCCGUAGAAAUUACAGUAUCAUCUCCAAAAAAAUUAUCGGCUAAAGCAAGAGAAGAUUUCAAUGUAGGAACUUCAAAAAUUGAUACGACCAAGAAAAGUCACAGGUUGAACCCUUUGCCUAUGGAUAAUAUCAACACAACGAAUAAACACUGUGAAUCAACGAUCGAAGAGCAAGGUUACAAGCAGAGGAGUGAUGUCGAUAUCAAUGAUAUAGCAAAAUUACCUAGGCUUAAUGAGAAAGAUGCUAUCAUAUUGAAUAAGGCUAUGCAAUAUUCCCAGAAGGCAUUUGAUGAAGCUCUCGCAACUAAGGAAACGGUACUUCGUAUUGAGGCUAUUAUAAACGAAUUUAUAAAAGAACAAAAGGCAUCCAAAGAUCUCGAUAUGGAAUCGAAUGAAUGUUCUAUGGAUUAUAAAAAGAUGUCUGAUAAAAAUCCUACUGAUGAUAUUAUGUGUGAUACUAUUUAUAAUGCUUUGGUUGAGGAACAUCCUGAUGAAAUCACAAAAAUUGAAUGUGCUAAGGGCGGUUGGAGCAA